AUGAGAGCAGCAGUUUUACAUAAACUCGGCGAUGUACCAAUAUUUGAAAAGGAUUUUCCUCUUCCGAAACUAUUGAAUGUGGAUCAACAUGUUGUGAUUUCUGUCAAGGCAGCUUCUGUUAAGAAUUUAGAUAAGAUAAGAGCAUCUGGCAAACAUUAUACCAAUUAUUCAGAAUUGCCUACAGUUGUUGGAGUGGAUGGUGUUGGACAUUUGGAGACAACUAAUCAGAGAGUCUAUGCAUUUGGCAUCAGUGGUAUGAUUGCAGAGAAGGCCAUUGUUGAUAAGAGUAAGGUUGUGCCUCUCCCUGAUGAAAUUGAUGAUGUUUCUGCUGCUGCUUUACCAAAUGCUGUGAUGGGUGCAAGUUUGGCAUUGACAGAUAGGGCACACUUGAAGAGUGGUCAAGUAGUUUUGGUGAAUGGGGCUACUGGAGUUACUGGAAGAGUUGCAGUUCAAUUGGCAAAGUUAUACGGAGCUAGUAAGGUAAUUGCAACAGGUAGAAAUCAAGAGUCUUUAAAGAUUUUAAAGAAUGAAUAUGGAGUUGAUCAAGUAAUUUCUCUUGGAGAAUCAGAUGAAGAAAUUACCAAGCAAAUCUCUCAAAUUCAUCAAGAGACACCAAUUGAUAUUGUCAUUGAUUACUUGUGGGGUCAUCCAAUUGAAUUAAUUUUCAAAUCAUUGAAAGGUUCAGGAAAUCUUCACGGAUUCUCUCACCCAGUUAAGGUAGUAACAGUUGGAUCAAUGGCAGGCGAAAAUGUUGCAAUUCCUUCAAGUUUAUUACGUUCAACAGCAAUUGAAAUACUUGGAAGUGGAUUGGGCAGUAUUUCUGAAAGUGGAAUGAAGGAAUUCUUCUCUUCAAUUCUUCCUCAAACAUUCAAAUGGGUUGCUGAGGGAAAGCUCAAGAUUGAAACUCAUGUUGAGCCUUUGGAAAAUGUUGCUGCAGCAUGGCAAGAAAAUAUUGACCCAGGUAAAAGACUUGUCAUUACAAUCUAA